CUGUUGUCCUUAACUGACUUUCCUGGUCAUCAGCACUCUUUCAGGAGUGUUUGAUUUCCCUCUCAGCAAAUAUGGAAGACUGAUUCCUGACAUUCUCAGUCGUUCUAUGCUGUGACUUCUACUCUGCUAAAAGCUAGAAUGAAACAGUUGCCUGCAGCAACAGUUCGCCUCCUUUCAAGUUCUCAGAUAAUCACUUCAGUGGUCAGUGUUGUAAAAGAACUCAUUGAAAACUCCUUGGAUGCUGGUGCCACAAGCAUAGAUGUUAAACUGGAGAACUAUGGAUUUGAUAAAAUUGAGGUGCGAGACAAUGGUGAGGGUAUCAAAGCCAUUGAUGCGCCUGUAAUGGCAAUAAAGUACUACACCUCAAAAAUAAAUAGUCAUGAAGAUCUUGAAAAUUUGACAACUUACGGUUUUCGUGGAGAAGCCUUGGGGUCAGUUUGUUCUGUAGCUGAGGUUUUAAUUACAACAAGGACGGCUGCUGAUAAUUUUAGCACCCAGUAUGUUUUAGAUGGCAGUGGCCACGUAAUUUCUCAAAAACCUUCACAUCUUGGUCAAGGUACAACUGUAACUGCUUUAAAAUUGUUUAAGAAUCUACCUGUAAGAAAGCAAUUUUACUCAACUGCUAAAAAAUGUAAAGAUGAAAUAAAAAAAGUCCAAGAUCUCCUCAUAAGCUAUGGUGUACUUAAACCUGACUUACGGAUUGUUUUUAUACAUAACAAGGCAGUUAUUUGGCAGAAAACUAGAGUAUCAGAUCAUAAGAUGGCUCUCAUGUCUGUUCUGGGGACUGGCGUUAUGGGCAAUAUGGAAUCCGUGCGGUACCACUCAGAAGAAUCUCAGAUUUUUCUUAGUGGAUUUCUUCCAAAGCAUGAUGCAGACCACUCUUGCACAAGUCUUUCAACCCCAGAAAGGAGUUUCAUCUUUAUAAACAGUCGACCAGUACACCAAAAAGACAUAUUAAAGUUAAUCCGACAUUAUUACAAUCUGAAGUGCCUAAAGGAAUCUACUCGUUUGUAUCCCAUUUUCUUUCUAAAAAUUGAUGUUCCUACAGCUGAUGUGGAUGUAAAUUUAACACCAGAUAAAAGUCAAGUAUUAUUACAGAAUAAGGAAUCUGUUUUAAUUGCUCUUGAAAAUCUGAUGACGACUUGUUAUGGAUCACUACCUAGUACAAAUUCUUCUGAAAAUAAUAAAACAGAUGUUUCCUCAGCUGACAUGGUUGUUAGUAAAACAGCAGAAACAGAUGUGCUUUUUAAUAAAAUGGAAUCAUCUGGAAAUAAUUAUCCAAAUGUUGAUACUUUCGCCAUUCCAUUCCAAAAUGUUGUGCAUAAUGAUGAAUCUGGAAAAAACACUAAUUAUUGUUUAAAUCCUCAGAUACAUGUUGAUGACCAUUAUGAUGAUCAUUUUAGUAGUGAAAAUUCUAGCAUUGAUAAGAACACUAGAAAUAUAUUUCAGGAGAUCCCAAUGAAUAAUUUACCAUGUGAGGACACUCAGAAGGAAUAUAGUGAAACUUGUGUAGGUUCUGUUAAGCACACCCAAUCCGAAAAUGGUAGUAAAGGCCACAUAAAUGAGAGUGGGAAAAAUGAAGAAGCAGCAGAUCCUGAGAAGUCUUUGGAAAUUAGUGCAGAUGACUGGAGCAAGGGAAAUAUAUUUAAAAAUUCAAUGGGAGAAAACAUCGAACCUGUGAAAAUUUUAGUGCCUCGAGAAAGUUCAGCAUGUAAAGUAAGUAAUAAUAAUAAUCAUCCAAGCCCUGAACAAAAGAAUCUCGGUGAAGGUUCCUGUAACAAAAAAUCAAAUGUGGUAGAUAACAAAUCUGGACAGCUUACAGCUUAUGAUUUAAUUAGCAAUCAAGUAAUCAAGAAACCCAUGUCAGCAAGCGCGCUUUUUGUUCAAGAUCAUCGUGCUCAGUUUCUCACAGAAAAUUCUAAGACCAGUUUGGAGGAUGCAACGGUACAAAUUGAAGAACUGUGGAAGACAUUGAGUGAAGAGGAAAAACUGAAAUAUGAAGAGAAGGCUACUAAAGACUUGGAGCGAUACAAUAAGCAAAUCAAGAGAGCCAUUGAACAGGAGUCUCAAAUAUCAAUAAAAGAUGGCAGAAACAAGAUAAAACCCACCAGUGCGUGGAAUGUGGCACAGAAGCACAAGCUGAAAACUUCAUUAUCUAAUCAGCCAAAACUUGAUGAGCUCUUUCAGUCCCAAAUUGCAAAAAAAAAGGACCAAAACAUUAAAGUAGUUCAGAUCCCCUUUUCUAUGGAAAACUUAAAGAAAAAUUUCGAGAAACAUAAAUUUGACUUAGAAGAGAAGGAUAACCUUUGCUUGAUCCACAAUCUUAAGUUUCCUGAUGGGUGGCUAAUUACAUCCAAAACAGAGGUUAUGUUAUUAAAUCCAUAUAGAGUGGAAGAAGCCCUGCUAUUUAAAAGACUUCUUGAGAAUCAUAAACUUCCUGCAGAGCCACUGGAAAAGCCAAUUAUAUUAACAGAGAGUCUUUUUAAUGGAUCUCAUUAUUUAGAGAUUUUAUAUAAAAUGACAGCAGAUGAUCAAAGAUACAGUGGAUCAACUUACCUGUGCGAUCCUCGUCUUACAGCAAAUGGUUUCAAGAUAAAAUUGAUACCAGGAAUUUCUGUUGCUGAAAACUACUUGGAAAUAGAAGGAAUGGCUAAUUGUCUCCCAUUCUACGGAGUGAUGGAUUUAAAAGAAAUUCUUAAUGCUAUAUUAAACAAAAAUGCCAAGGAAGUUUAUGAAUGUAGACCUCGCAAAGUGAUAAGUUAUUUAGAGGGAGAGGCAGUGCGUCUAUCUAGACAGUUACCCAUGUACUUAUCAAAAGAGGACAUCCAAGACAUUAUCUACAGAAUGAAGCACCAAUUUGGAAAUGAAAUUAAAGAGUGUGUUCAUGGUCGCCCAUUUUUUCAUCAUUUAACCCAUCUUCCAGAAGCUACAUGAUUAAAUAUGUUUAAGAAAAUUUGUUACUAUUGAAAUUGAUUUGGUCAUAAAAUAAUAUGAGUAAGUUUUUAAGCCAUCUUUGUACUAUCAUGUGUUAAAUGGUUAUUUUAUAAGUGAGGAUUCACUGGCUUGUUUGUAUAUUGAAAACAAUUUUAAAAACUGUAGAAAACUUAAAUAAACUAAUAUAGACUAUUAGUUCA